GCUAUUCGGCACCAGAGACAGACCAAGGGCACCGAAGAAGAAAACAGUCUUCAACCCACUACAGGGGACUGGGGGACAUUUCCCGGCCACUGACUUUUACUCAGGAAGAAAACGCAAACUUUAUCCUAUUUAACGUUUGGAUUUUUUUAAAAAAGGAGAACUUUAUGAUUUGGGGACUUUAUGCCAUCAUUGUGUCCUUAUGAUAAGGAAAAAAAAAACCGUUGUUCAAACUUACCUAUAAGAGCCUGAACUAUAUCAGGAGACCAGGAUGGAUCAUGACUUGUUUGGCGGGGCCCCACGGUUCCUCACACGGCCCAAGACCUUCUCUGUGUGUGUAGGGAGGGAUGCUACUCUGAGCUGCACCAUUGUGGGCAACCCUGUACCAGUAGUGACCUGGGAGAAGGACAAGCUGAUUAUCUGCUCAGGUGGGCGGUUCAAGACCGUGGAGGAUGGUAACGUGUACCGAUUGACCCUCUAUGACCUGACACUGGAUGACAGCGGGCAGUAUAUUUGCAGGGCCAACAAUAACGUGGGUGAAGCAUAUGCAGCUAUUACUCUCCACGUUGGCUUACCUGAAAACCAAGUGGAGCGUCCUCCUUCUUUUGUCUUGAAACCUGUCUCGGGAAGGGUCAGCUUGGGGGAGGAUGUUGCCUUUCAGUGCCGGGUCUUGGCUUAUCCAGAGCCCACGUUCAGCUGGGAGAAGGAUGGGAGAUACGUAGGAGAGUCAAACCGGUUAAAGAUUGUGGUCGAUGGAGAAUCAAGUUCCUUGAAUAUCCAGUGUGUGAGGUUCAUCGACGGAGGAACCUACACCUGCCGGGCUCAGAACUCUCUCGGCAGGGCCAGCGCAUCUGCGGCCCUGGUUGUAGACCACCAGGAUACCCACAACCUGGCCAACGCAGCUUCAGAAAAGGCCACCUCCCUCCUGUCGCACCUGCAGAAGCGUCGGGAGGAGAUGCGCAAGACCGAAAUCGACCUUUACCGGUCCAACGACCACAACACUGUCACCACCUAUUCCUCCUCUUCCAGUAGCAAUCUGGGAUUGAGUCUGUCGCAAGAUUACGAGCGUGCCGCCUCCUUGGCGGGGAAACUACCCAAGGGUGUUUUUACCCGCACCUGCACGGUGACAGAAGGGAAGCAUGCCAAGCUCAGUUGCUACGUCACAGGCCGGCCCAAGCCGCAGAUCAUGUGGAAGAAAGAUGGGGUGGCCAUCAACGAGGGGCGCAGGCAGGUUAUGUACGAGGAUGAAGAGGAGAACUUCAUCCUCAAGAUCCUAUACUGCAAGCAGAAUGACAAUGGCCUUUACACCUGUACCGCCUCCAACCUGGCUGGGCAGACCUACAGCGCGGUCCUGGUCAUCGUCAAAGAGCCCAGGGUCCCGUUCAAGACGAAGCUCCGGGAUGUGGAGGUGCCGGAGAAGAAGACGGCCACCCUGCAGUGCGAGGUCCCCAUCUCCACCACCGAGGCCAGCUGGUUCAUGGAGGAGACCAAGCUGAGCCAGAGCUCCAAGUACCUCAUGGAGGAGGAAGGCACUCUGCGGCGCCUCACCAUCCACAACAUCACCACUGACGACGACGCCGUUUACAUCUGUGAGAUGAAGGAGGGCAGCCGGACUGUGGCCGAGCUCGCUGUCAUAGGCAACAUCAUCAAGAAACUUCCCCGGAAGACAGCUCUGCCUGUGAGCGACACUGCCAUGUUCUGUGUGGAGUUGCAGUCCAGCUGUUCAAACUGCUACUGGACCAGGAACGGUGUGGAGCUGAGAGCUGACAGCAGGAUCACCAUCGUAUCCUCGGGCAAGCAGCACACCCUGACCAUCCGCGAAUGCUGCGCGGAGGACUCUGGGGAGAUUGCAUUCGUGGCUGGCGACUGCAAGACCUCCACUCACUUCUCUGUGACCGCCCCCAGGAAGCACCCUCCAGAUCCCCCAGUCAACCCUGUGGUGAAGGACAAGACCGAAAUUUCCAUUACCCUGUGCUGGUCUCCUCCUGAGAUGGACAGACCUGUCCCCAUCUCAGGGUACCUGGUGGAGAGAAGGAAGGUGGGGAGCCAAACCUGGAUGAGGUGCCACAGCUCGGACAAUGUACCCAGCUCAGAAUUCACAGUCAGCAACUUGACCGAGGAGGGUAGCUACAACUUCAGAAUUACUGCCAUGAACAGCUUUGGCCAGAGCUCAGCACUGGAGUUCCCAGGGACUUUCUAUCUGGAACCCAAGGCGACAGUGAAAGCUCCACUGCUGGAUGUGACAGCGUUGGCUGAAGGAGAAGCCACGUUCACUAUUGAACUGUCUGUGGCCUGCUCCGGGGUGUGGCUCCUGAAUGGGAAGAUUCUUAGGAGUGGCCAGGACUACCUCAUCUGCAGGACAAAGAACACCCACACCCUGGUCAUCAGGAGGGUCUCUGAGACUGACGACGGUGCCGAACUCAAGUUCAUGGCCGGCAGCACUGAGAGCGUCUGUAGGCUCAACGUGAAGGCUGCUGCAGUGAGAAUUACCAACAAGUCCGCAGAAAAGGAGGCUGUGACUGUGGGUCUGCACGGAUCAGCAGAACUGCUGGCUGAGGUAUCGAAUUCAGCCGCCAAAGUGACAUGGAUGAAAGACGGGAAGGAGCUGAAGAUAGGAAAGAAAUAUGAAAGCAUAAUCGUAGAGCAGAAGCGCAUCCUAAAGGUUCACAAUGUGACGGAGGAGGACGUGGGCUUCUAUGAGUGUGUCUGUGAUGGGGACAAAAUGGCACUGCAGCUCGCCCUGAAAGCUGAGGCCCCCAAGAUCACCAUCAAAGACAAAUUUGGUAGUGCUGUCAAGGUGGUGUCCGGGGAGCGGGCAGAGUUUGUGGCAGAGACCUUAGAGAGCAAUGCAAAAGUGCAGUGGUACAGAGAGGGCAAGGAGAUCCGACAGACCAAAAAAUUCACUAUGGAGAGCAAAGGCAGGCAGCACAAACUGAUCGUCACCAGUGCCAAGAAAGAGGAUGAAGGAAUGUACACGUGCAAGGCAGGAGGAGACACAGUGACCUUCACACUAACAGUGCCAGAAACAACUGCAACCUUCACUAAGAAGUCAGUGACGAAAACAGAAUUCUCUUCGACCUCGGGAGAGACAGUAGUCCUGGCCUGUGAGGUGGCCCACUCCUCAGCAAAAGGAAAAUGGAUCAGGAAAGGACAGGAAGUGAAGCAGAGCAAAGAGGUUGUUGUGGAAACAGAAGGCACAACCAGAAGGCUGGUACUGAAAACCGCAAAAGCCAGCGACUCAGGGGCAUACACAUACAAACUCCCAGAGGAUGAGAUAACAUUCAAUGUUAAUGUGAAAGAACCAGAGCCUGUGUUUGCCACCAAAGCUCCGGUUCAGAAGGAGGUGAAGGUCCGUCCCUCAGAGAAGGCCACCUUGAGCUGUGAAGUGUCCCAGACCCAGACUGAGGUGAAGUGGUACAAGGACAGCAAACUGCUGAGCUCCAGCAAGAAGACCAAAGUGGAAUCAGACGGGAAGACUCGCCGGCUUGUGGUGGAGAGCGUGGAGAAGAAGGAUGCUGGGGAGUAUACCUGCGAGGCUGCCGGGGAGAAGAUGGCCUUUAAAAUCCAGGUUGCAGAACCUGAGCCUGUGUUUGCCACGAAAGUGCCAGUUCAGAAGGAGGUGAAGACCACCCUUUCAGAGAAGGCCACCCUGAGCUGUGAGGUGUCCCAGACCCAGACUGAGGUGAAGUGGUACAAGGAUGGCAAAUUGCUGAGCUCCAGUAAGAAGACCAAAGUGGAAUCAGACGGGAAGACUCGCCGGCUUGUGGUGGAGAGCGUGGAGAAGAAGGAUGCUGGGGAGUAUACCUGCGAGGCUGCCAGGGAGAAGAUGGCUUUUAAAAUCCAGGUUGCAGAACCUGAGCCUGUGUUUGCCACCAAAGCUCCAGUUCAGAAGGAGGUGAAGGCCAGCCUUUCAGAGAAGGCCACCCUGAGCUGUGAGGUGUCCCAGAUCCAGACUGAGGUGAAGUGGUACAAGGAUGGCAAAUUGCUGAGCUCCAGUAAGAAGACCAAAGUGGAAUCAGAUGGAAAGACUCGCCGGCUUGUGGUGGAGAGCGUGGAGAAGAAGGAUGCUGGGGAGUAUACCUGCGAGGCUGCCGGGGAGAAGAUGGCCUUUAAAAUCCAGGUUGUAGAACCUGAGCCUGUGUUUGCCACGAAAGUGCCAGUUCAGAAGGAGGUGAAGACCACCCUUUCCGAGAAGGCCACCCUGAGCUGUGAGGUGUCCCAAACCCAGACUGAGGUGAAGUGGUACAAGGACGGCAAACUGCUGAGCUCCAGUAAGAAGACCAAAGUGGAAUCAGACGGGAAGACUCGCCGGCUUGUGGUGGAGAGCGUGGAGAAGAAGGAUGCUGGGCAGUAUACCUGUGAGGCUGCCGGGGAGAAGAUGGCCUUUAAAAUCCAAGUUGCAGAACCUGAGCCUGUGUUUGCCACGAAAGUGCCAGUUCAGAAGGAGGUGAAGACCACCAUUUCAGAGAAGGCCACCCUGAGCUGUGAGGUGUCCCAGACCCAGACUGAGGUGAAGUGGUACAAGGAUGGCAAAUUGCUGAGCUCCAGUAAGAAGACCAAAGUGGAAUCAGACGGGAAGACUCGCCGGCUUGUGGUGGAGAGCGUGGAGAAGAAGGAUGCUGGGGAGUAUACCUGCGAGGCUGCCGGGGAGAAGAUGGCCUUUAAAAUCCAGGUUGCAGAACCUGAGCCUGUGUUUGCCACGAAAGUGCCAGUUCAGAAGGAGGUGAAGACCACCCUUUCCGAGAAGGCCACCCUGAGCUGUGAGGUGUCCCAAACCCAGACUGAGGUGAAGUGGUACAAGGACGGCAAACUGCUGAGCUCCAGUAAGAAGACCAAAGUGGAAUCAGACGGGAAGACUCGCCGGCUUGUGGUGGAGAGCGUGGAGAAGAAGGAUGCUGGGCAGUAUACCUGUGAGGCUGCCGGGGAGAAGAUGGCCUUUAAAAUCCAAGUUGCAGAACCUGAGCCUGUGUUUGCCACGAAAGUGCCAGUUCAGAAGGAGGUGAAGACCACCAUUUCAGAGAAGGCCACCCUGAGCUGUGAGGUGUCCCAGACCCAGACUGAGGUGAAGUGGUACAAGGAUGGCAAAUUGCUGAGCUCCAAUAAGAAGACCAAAGUGGAAUCAGACGGGAAGACUCGCCGGCUUGUGGUGGAGAGCGUGGAGAAGAAGGAUGCUGGGGAGUAUACCUGCGAGGCUGCCGGGGAGAAGAUGGCCUUUAAAAUCCAGGUUGCAGAACCUGAGCCUGUGUUUGCCACGAAAGUGCCAGUUCAGAAGGAGGUGAAGGCCACCAUUUCAGAGAAGGCCACCCUGAGCUGUGAGGUGUCCCAGACCCAGACUGAGGUGAAGUGGUACAAGGAUGGCAAAUUGCUGAGCUCCAGUAAGAAGAUCAAAGUGGAAUCAGACGGGAAGACUCGCCGGCUUGUGGUGGAGAGUGUGGAGAAGAAGGAUGCUGGGGAGUAUACCUGCGAGGCUGCCAGGGAGAAGAUGGCCUUUAAAAUCCAGGUUGCAGAACCCGAGCCUGUGUUUGCCACCAAAGCUCCAGUUCAGAAGGAGGUGAAGGCCAGCCUUUCAGAGAAGGCCACCCUGAGCUGUGAGGUGUCCCAGACCCAGACUGAGGUGAAGUGGUACAAGGAUGGCAAAUUGCUGAGCUCCAGUAAGAAGACCAAAGUGGAAUCAGAUGGAAAGACUCGCCGGCUUGUGGUGGAGAGCGUGGAGAAGAAGGACGCUGGGCAGUAUACCUGCGAGGCUGCUGGGGAAAAGAUGGCUUUCCAUAUUGAAGUGACAGAACCAGUCGCCAAGUUCCAGAAGAAACCCCCUCAGAAGCCCAUCACGGUUCAGGAGAGUGAGACUGUCACCCUGGUGACAGAGGUGACCGUCGACAGUGCAGCAGUGAGGUGGUUCAAGGACAGUGUGGAGUUAAAGGAGGGGAAGAAGUACGAGAUAAAGAAGCAGGGUGUGGCGCGGCUGCUGGUGGUGAAAUCAGCCGAGUCCAAGGACAGCGGCACCUAUACCUGCGAGACAGCUGGGGACAAGCAGGACUUCAAAGUACAGGUCAAAGAGGCUCCGUUGAAGUUUGUAAAGAAACUGGAAGCUGUGACUGCCGAGGUAGGCGAGAACGUUACUCUGACUUGCGAGCUGAACCGUGCCAAGGGUGAUGUCCUGUGGCGCCAAAAUGGGACAAAGAUCACACCCAGCAGCAGGUUUAAGAUCCAGACGGAUGGUUCCAAGUGCAUCUUGACAAUAUUGGGGAUCACUCAGGAAGACAAGGGGGAGUACUGCUGUGAAACCAAGGAUGACAAGACCACCGCCAAGGUCUUAGCUAAAGAGCUGCCGGUGGUGUUCAAGAAGAAGCUGGAGGACCGAACGGUGGAGGAGCGAGAGGUGGUGGUUCUGGAGGUGGAGCUGAGCAAACCCUCCACAGAGGUGAAGUGGAUGAAAAACAGCGUGGUGCUGCAGCCCAGCAACAACAUUGAGAUCCGCGUCGAAGGGGCCAAACAGACCCUUGUCAUAAAAAACGUGACCUUCCCUGACCGCGGCUACUACAGCUGUGAGACCCUGGAUGACAAGACGCAGGCCAAGCUCAACGUGGAGAUGAUGAAGAUCAAGCUAGUGCAUGGGCUGGAAGAGGUGAAGGUGCAGGAGAAAGAGACUGUCACCUUCGAGGUGGAGCUGAGCCACACAGAUGUGGAGGGGUCCUGGGCUAAGGAUGGGCUGAAGCUGCGGGCUGGCGGUAACUGCAGGAUCACUACCCUGGGGAAGAAGCACGCCCUGACACUGUCCAACCUCAAACUGGAGGAUGCAGGCCUUGUUUCUUUCCAGGCCGAAGGGGUGCACACUUCUGGGAGACUCAUUGUGACAGAGCCUGCUGUGACGUUCACUAAAAACCUUGAAGACGUCAGCGUCCCAGAGAAGGAGAAGGUCACUUUGGCGUGUGAACUUUCCAGGCCCAAUGCAGAUGUCAAGUGGUUCAAGGAUGACAUGGUGCUAAAACCAGGGAAAAAACUGGGGAUCAUCUCCCUAGGCCGUAUGAGGAGCAUCCUGAUUCACAAGUGUGCCUACGAAGACCAGGGCUUGUACACAUGUGAUGUGGUGGACAGCAAGACUUCAGCGAAACUUACUGUUCAUGCCCGGGACAUUAAAAUCCUGAAGCAGCUGGAGGACGUGGAGGUGGUGGAGAAGGAGAGUGCAGCCUUCGUCUGUGAGAUCUCCCAUGACGAGGUGGAGACGCAGUGGUUCAAAAACAACGUCAAGUUGAAGCCGGGAGACAAUGUCAAGAUGAGACAAGAAGGAAGGACCUUCGUGCUGCUGUUCAAGUCAGUGAAGUCUGAGGAUGCAGCAGAAAUCAAAUUUACUGCUGAAAGUGCAACAUCCACAGCAAACCUGAGGGUCAAAGAGCUACCUGUGAAGAUUGUGAAGCCCCUUCGUGACAAAAUAGCCAUCGAGAAGCACCGGUGUAUUUUUGAGUGCCAGGUGUCCCGCUCCAAUGCGCAUGUGAAGUGGUAUCAGAAGGGCAAGGAGAUCCAUGCCAGCAAGAAAUACGAGAUGGAGAGCCAAGGCAUGUACAGGAAACUCGUCAUCAACGACGUUGAGUUCAAAGAUGAAGACACCUAUACCUGCGAUGCCAUCGAUGACAAGACUUCCGCUAAACUCCUUGUGGAAGAACAAGCCAUCAGCAUCGUGAAGGGCCUGAGUCCCGUCGAGGUGACAGAGCCAGCCGAGGCUCGCUUUGAAGUGGAGUUGUCUGUCGUUGAGAUAAAGCCACCCAAGUGGAUGCUCAACGGAGAGAUAUUACACGGCAGCCGUGAUGUGGAGAUUGAGCAUGACGGCAACAUCCAUCGCCUCAUCCUGAAAAAGACCCGCUCCGAGAUGACUGGCCCUGUCCAGUUCACUGCUGGCAAGAGUAAAUCCACUGCACAGCUCACUGUCAAAGAGCCCCCAGUGCAGAUUCUCAGGCAGAUCAAAGACACUGAUGCCGUUGAGAAGGGCUUGGCCACCCUGAGCUGUGAAUUUUCCCCUCCUCCCAAGAUGGUAAAGUGGUUCAAGGACCAGACUCUCCUGGAGUCGUCCAGCAAGUACCAUAUGAAGCAGGACAAGAAUCUGGUGGAGCUAAUUAUUCAGAGUCUGAAGCCAGAAGACUCAGGAGUGUACCGGUGCAAGGCUGGGAAUGCAGAGACCAAAGCAAAGCUCACUGUGGAAGCUCGCAAAGUGAAGAUAACAAAGCACUUGGAAGCCAUGGAGGUUGAUGAGGAGAGCAAUGCUGUGUUCUCUUGUGAGGUGUCUCACAAGGAUGAGGAGGUGCAGUGGUUCCUGAACAACACCCUUCUCUGCUCCAAUGAUGUCAAUGAAAUCAAGAAGGAUGGCAAAGCCCACACCCUGUCCCUAAAACGACUUGCCGCUGAGGACUCUGGGACUGUGAAGGUCAAGGUGGGAGAGGUCUUUGAGGAGGUCCCGCUCAAGGUCAAAGAAAAGCCAGCUGUGUUUCUGAAAUCCCUGGAUGAUGUGAUAGGGGAGGAGAGAGGAAUGAUAACCCUGGAGUGUGAAGCCUCCAAACCCAACGUUAAGCCCGUCUGGAAGAAAGAUGGUGUUGUCCUGGCUUCCAGUGAUAAAUAUGAGCUGCUACAUGCUGGCAAGACACUGGGGAUCAUCGUCCACAAUCUCAACAAGUCUGAUGCUGGCUUGUACAGCUGUGAUGUUGGCACUGACAUUGCCAAAUCCAAAGUCACUGUCCAAGACCUAAACAUCGGAAUCACCAAGAAGCUGAAGACAACAGAGGUAAAGGAGGAUGAGAGCUGCAGCUUUGAGUGCAUCCUCUCCCACGAGAGCAUUGACGAGUGCUCCUGGACCCUGGGUGGAAAGCCAGUGGAGAGCAGGGGACGGUUUGAGGUGUCUAACAAGGGCCGCAAAUACAUGCUGAAUAUCAAGAAGGUAACGGCAGCCGAUGCUGGGGAAGUCGUCUUCACAGCUAGGAACCUCAACUCCAAAGCCUCACUCAUCAUCAAAGAAAAAGCAGCUACUUUUACCAAACAACUGGAGAACUGCAGUAUAGCUCCAGGUGAAGACAUUGUCCUGAGCUGUGAAACUUCCACGGCUGAGACCAGUGUCAAGUGGUACAAAGAUGGCAAAGCUAUAAGAAAGAGCCAAAAGUAUGAGAUGUGUCAAGAGGGCAACCUGACAAAGCUCAUAGUCCACAAUACCACAACCAAAGACUCUGGAGAGUACAGUUGUGAAACAGAGAUCUCCAAGACCAAGGCAACUGUUGAGGUCAAAGAAAAAUUGAGUAGGUUCACCAAGGAGCUGUCUGACCAGAAGGCUGAGGAGAAGGGCUCUGUGACAUUUCAGUGUGAGACUGAGGAGCCUGUGACAAAGGUCACCUGGAGGAAGGGUAUUGCUGAGCUCAAGACAGGAUCAAAGUACCAGCUGAAACAGGAGGGCACCACCCUCUCCCUCACCAUCAACCAGCUGGAGAAGACUGAUAGCGACAAUUACUCCUGCGACAUUGAGGCAGUUCAGUCUAGAGCUAAGUUAACAGUGCAAGGUCAGAAAGUCCUUAUUACAGAAGACCUAGAAGACGUUGAGGUUUUAGAAGGAGACUCAGCCACUUUUAAAUGUAGAAUUUCUCCUGCCGACUACAAUAAUGUGCAGUGGUUCCUGGACAAAACCCCUCUCCAUACUAAUGAGCUGAAUGAAAUCCAGAGCCAGAAAGGAGGGUACCACACCCUCACUGUCAAGAAACUCUCUAUGAAGGAUUCUGGCAGCAUCUCCUUCGAGGCCGGAGAUAAGAAAACAUCAGCUUCCCUGGUGGUCAAAGAAAGGCCGUCCAUCAUAACAAAAGAUUUAAAGGACGCUGAAGUCACGGAGGGGGAGGAUGUUGUGCUUUUGUGCGAGACCUCCAAAGCGGGCAGCCCUGUCAAGUGGUACAAGGACGGGAUCACCCUGAAGAGCACCUCCAAGUGCAGCAUCAGCCGAUCUGGUACCGAAGCGAAACUCACCAUCCGGGGUGCGGAGGAAAAAAACAGCGGGGUUUACGAGUGUGAGGCGGGAACCACCAGGAGCAGGGCCAGGGUUAGCAUUAAGGCUCAACCAGUCAUUUUCAAGCAAGAGCUCCAAGACAAAGAGUUGGAGGAGGGCGGCGUUGUCAUCCUGAGCUGCGAGCUCUCUAAACCUGGAGCCCCGGUGGAGUGGAGGAAGGGAGGAGAGGUGCUUAAGCAUGGGGACAAGUACCAGAUGAAGCAGAAAGGUGCUACUGCUGAGCUGCAGAUUAACAAGCUAAAACCAGAAGACAGCGGAGGCUAUACCUGUGAAUCUGGAGACCAAAAGACCACCGCCAAUGUCAAAGUCAAUGCAGCCUUGCCAGUCUUUUUCAAACAAGAGCUCCAGGAUCAAAGUGCUAAAGAGGGCGGCUCUGCCACCCUGUACUGUGAGCUCUCUAAACCUGGAGCCCCAGUGGAGUGGAAGAAGGGAGGAAUGCUGCUUCAAACUGGGGAUAAAUAUAAAAUGAAGCAGAGAGGUUCUGCAGCUGAGAUUGUGAUUCAGAACCUUCAGCCCGAAGACACUGGAGAGUACAGCUGCACCUGUGGAGACCAGCUGACCACUGCACUGGUCACAGUGAAGGCUCUGCCAGUCCUUUUCAAACAAGGGCUCCAAAACCAGGAGUUGAAGGAGGGUGGCACUGCCACUCUGCGCUGUGAGCUCUCUAAACUUGGAGCCUCGGUGGAGUGGAGGAAAGAUGGGGAGGUGCUUCAUUCCAGUGACAAGUACAAGAUGAAGCUGAAGGGAGUUGCAGUUGAGCUCCAAAUUUCCAAUCUGCAACCCGAGGACACUGGAGAUUAUAACUGUGAAUGUGGAGACCAAAAAACGACUUCCCACAUCAAAGUCAACGCCUUGCCGGUCCUUUUCAAACAAGAACUUCAGAACCAGGAAGUGGAGGAGGGUGGCACUGCCACCCUGCGCUGUGAGCUCUCUAAACCUGGAGCCCCGGUGGAGUGGAGGAAGGGAGUAGUGCUGCUUCAGUCUGGGGAUAAAUACACCAUGAAGCAGAAAGGCCAUGUGGCUGAAUUGCUAAUUAACAAUUUACAACCUGAAGACACAGGAGACUACACCUGUGAUACUGGAGACCGACAGACAACUGCUCAUGUAAAAGUCAAUGCCUUGCCAGUCCUUUUUAAACAAGAGCUCCAGGACCAGGAAGCUGAAGAGGGUGGCUCUGCCACCCUGCGCUGUGAGCUCUCUAAACCUGGAGCCCCGGUGAAGUGGAGGAGGGGAGGAGUGCUGCUUCAAGCCAGUGAAAAGCUGGAGAUGAGGCAGAAAGGUGUCACUGCAGAACUGGUCAUUCAUAAGCUAGAACUGGAAGAUACCGGGGUUUACACAUGUGAUACAGGAGACCUGCAGUCUAAUGCCAGGGUCACUGUUAAAGCCCUGCCGGUCCUUUUCAAACAAAAGCUCCUGAACCAAGAGUCAGAGGAGGGAGGCACUGCCACCCUGUGCUGUGAGCUCUCUAAACCUGGAGCCCCGGUGGAGUGGAGGAAGGGAGGAGUGCUGCUUAAACCUGGAGACAAGUAUGAGAUGAAGCAGAAAGACCACGUUGUAGAGCUAUUAAUUAGCAAUUUACUACCUGAAGACACUGGGGACUACACCUGCGAUACAGGCGACCAGCAGACCACUGCUCAUAUUAAAGUUAAUGCCUUGCCGGUCCUUUUCAAAAAAGGCCUCCAGGACCAGGAAGCUGAAGAGGGUGGCUCUGCCACCCUGCGCUGUGAGCUCUCUAAACCUGGAGCCCCGGUGAAGUGGAGGAGGGGAGGAGUGCUGCUUCAAGCCAGUGAAAAGCUGGAGAUGAGGCAGAAAGGUGUCACUGCAGAACUGGUCAUUCAUAAGCUAGAACUGGAAGAUACCGGGGUUUACACAUGUGAUACAGGAGACCUGCAGUCUAAUGCCAGGGUCACUGUUAAAGCCCUGCCGGUCCUUUUCAAACAAAAGCUCCUGAACCAAGAGUCAGAGGAGGGAGGCACUGCCACCCUGUGCUGUGAGCUCUCUAAACCUGGAGCCCCGGUGGAGUGGAGGAAGGGAGGAGUGCUGCUUAAACCUGGAGACAAGUAUGAGAUGAAGCAGAAAGACCACGUUGUAGAGCUAUUAAUUAGCAAUUUACUACCUGAAGACACUGGGGACUACACCUGCGAUACAGGCGACCAGCAGACCACUGCUCAUAUUAAAGUUAAUGCCUUGCCGGUCCUUUUCAAAAAAGGCCUCCAGGACCAGGAAGCUGAAGAGGGUGGCUCUGCCACCCUGCGCUGUGAGCUCUCUAAACCUGGAGCCCCGGUGAAGUGGAGGAGGGGAGGAGUGCUGCUUCAAGCCAGUGAAAAGCUGGAGAUGAGGCAGAAAGGUGUCACUGCAGAACUGGUCAUUCAUAAGCUAGAACUGGAAGAUACCGGGGUUUACACAUGUGAUACAGGAGACCUGCAGUCUAAUGCCAGGGUCACUGUUAAAGCCCUGCCGGUCCUUUUCAAACAAAAGCUCCUGAACCAAGAGUCAGAGGAGGGAGGCACUGCCACCCUGUGCUGUGAGCUCUCUAAACCUGGAGCCCCGGUGGAGUGGAGGAAGGGUGGAGUGCUGCUUAAACCUGGUGCCAAGUAUGAGAUGAAGCAGAAAGAUCACGUUGUAGAGCUAUUAAUUAGCAAUUUACUACCUGAAGACACUGGGGACUACACCUGCGAUACAGGCGACCAGCAGACCACUGCUCAUAUUAAAGUUAAUGCCUUGCCGGUCCUUUUCAAAAAAGGCCUCCAGGACCAGGAAGCUGAAGAGGGCGGCUCUGCCACCCUGCGCUGUGAGCUCUCUAAACCUGGAGCCCCGGUGAAGUGGAGGAGGGGAGGAGUGCUGCUUCAAGCCAGUGAAAAGCUGGAGAUGAGGCAGAAAGGUGUCACUGCAGAACUGGUCAUUCAUAAGCUAGAACUGGAAGAUACCGGGGUUUACACAUGUGAUACAGGAGACCUGCAGUCUAAUGCCAAGGUCACUGUUAAAGCCCUGCCGGUCCUUUUCAAACAAAAGCUCCUGAACCAAGAGUCAGAGGAGGGAGGCACUGCCACCCUGUGCUGUGAGCUCUCUAAACCUGGAGCCCCGGUGGAGUGGAGGAAGGGAGGAGUGCUGCUUAAACCUGGAGACAAGUAUGAGAUGAAGCAGAAAGACCACGUUGUAGAGCUAUUAAUUAGCAAUUUACUACCUGAAGACACUGGUCACUACACCUGCGAUACUGGAGACAGACAGACGACGGCUACCUUAAGUGUGCAGGCUCUGCCAGUUCUUUUCAAACAAGGGCUCCUAGGCAAAGAUGCAGAGGAGGGUGGCACUGUCACUCUGAGCUGUGAGGUCUCUAAACCUGGAGCCCCGGUGGAGUGGAGGAAGGGAGGAGUGCUGCUUAAAUCUGGAGACAAGUAUGAGAUGAAGCAGAAAGACCAGGUUGUUGAACUACUAAUUAACAACCUGCACCCUGAAGACACUGGAGACUACACCUGCGAUACUGGAGACAGACAGACGACGGCUACCUUAAGUGUGCAGGCCGUCCCAGUCCUUUUCAAACAAGAGCUACAAGACAAAGAGUCAGAGGAAGGCAGCUCAGCCAUUCUGAGCUGUGAGCUCUCUAAACCUGGAGCUCCGGUGGAGUGGAGGAAGGGAGGAGUGGUGCUCCAGCCUGGUGAUAAGUAUGAGAUCAGACAGGAGGGACAUAACGUAGAGCUGUUAGUCCACAAUCUGAAACUGGAAGACAUGGGGGACUAUAUCUGUGACUCUGGUGACCAGACCACCACUGCAUCGUUAAAAGUCAAUGCCCUGCCAGUUGUUUUCAAACAAGAACUCCAGAACCAAGAGUCAGAGGAGGGCAGCACUGUCACCCUGCGCUGUGAGCUCUCUAAACCUGGAGCCCCGGUGGAGUGGAGGAAGGGAGGAGUGGUCCUGUGCCCUUGUGGCAAAUAUGAAAUGAAACAGGAGGGCUCCAGUGCUGUGUUAUUGAUUCAAAAUGUAGAGCCUGAGGAUUCCGGAGACUAUACCUGUGAUACAGGAGAUCGGCAGACCACCGCUGCCUUGGCAGUGAAGGCCCUGCCAGUGUUUUUCAAGAUGCUACUGGAGAGCAAGGAGGCGGAGGCGGGUGACAAUGUCACUAUGCGCUGUGAAGUCACUAAACCUGGUGCCCCUGUGGAAUGGAAGAAGAAAGACGUGGUGCUGCAUCCCAGUGAAAAAUAUGAGAUGAGACAGGAAGGUACUGUCGCUGAGCUAGUCAUUUACAGCCUGCAGGCUAAAGACACUGGGGAGUACACGUGUGAUACUGGGGACCAGAAGACCACAGCCACUCUCACAGUCAUAGAACCAGAUGUCACCAUAGUGAAAGGCCUGGAGAGCCAGACAGUGUUUAAGGAGGAGAAUGCAGUGUUUCAGUGCCAACUCUCUCACGAAAAUGUGAGAGACGUGCAGUGGAAGCUCCAGGACAACCUGCUGCUGAGUAACGAGAUGAACAAGAUCUCCGCAGAGGGCAAGGUGCACACCCUGACCCUCAGGAAGGUCACACUGGAGGACUCCGGCAGCGUGGUCUUCUGUGUUGGACCUCGCACCUCCACAGCUGAGCUCAAAGUGAAGGGCCCCCCGGCUCACUUUACGCUGGAUCUGUCAGAUGUGGAGGUGGAGGAGAGUGCCACAGCCACCCUGACCUGUGAGCUCUCCCAGCCUGACUGCAUUGAUGUUCAGUGGAGGAAAGGCUCGCUGCCCAUCUACCCCAGCAGCAAGUACCAGAUGAGGCAGGUGGGCACUGUCCACACCCUCUCUAUCAACCAGGUUACUGCCGAGGAUGUGGGGGAGUACACCUGUGACAAUGGCCAGCAGCAGACCACCGCAAAACUGACUUUCAAAGCCCUGCCAGUCUUUUUCAAGCAAGAGCUCCAAAACCAGGAAGCAAAGGAGGGCAGCACUGCUACCUUGCGCUGUGAGCUCUCCAAACCUGGUGCCCCGGUGGAGUGGAGAAAGGGAGGAGUGGUACUCCAGUCCAGCAAUAAGUAUGAGAUGAAGCAGAAGGACCAUGUUGCUGAGCUACUAAUUAAAAAUGUACAACCUGAAGACACCGGAGACUACACCUGCAAUACCGGAGAGCAACAGACCACUGCUUCUGUUUUUGUUGCAGAGCCUGCAGUCAUGAUCGUAGAAGAGCUUAAGAAUGUGUCAGUGUUUGCGAACGAGGAUGCAGUAUUCUCAGUCGAGUUGUCCCGUCCAUGUGUGAAAGACGUGCAGUGGAAGCUGGGGGGCGUACCUUUGCAGCACAAUGAGAUGAACGAGAUUGCCACUGAGAGUGGGGGCCGCGUGCACACCUUGACGCUCAGAAAGAUCACGCAAGAUGAUUCAAGCUCUGUGACUUUCAGGGCUGAAACCUGCACCAGCACUGCUGAACUCACAGUCAAAGCCCCACCACCUGUGCUCUUCAAGAAGAUGCUGGACAGUCAGGAGGUGGAGGAGGGCAGCAAUGCGUUCCUGCGCUGUGAGAUCUCGCAGCCCGACGCCCCUGUCACCUGGAGGAGGAGGCAGGCUGUUCUUUCUCAGGGAGACAAGUACACCCUGCAGCAGAGAGGCACCACCGUGGUGCUGAUCAUCCACAAUCUGAGCCCUGAGGACGCCGGCGAGUACACCUGCGACUCUGGAGAUCAGCAGACCACGGCUUCACUGUCUGUCAAAGCUUUGCCGAUGGUUUUCAAACAAGAGCUCCAGAACCUGGAGGCGGAGGAGGGCAGCACUGCUACCCUGCGGUGCGAGCUCUCUAAACUUGGAGUCCGUGUGGAGUGGAGGAAAGGAGGAGUGGUGCUUCAGCCCAGCAAUAAGUAUGAGAUGAAGCAGAGAGGCUCAGUUUUAGAGUUACUGAUUCAUGACUUGGAACCUGAAGACAACGGCUACUAUACUUGCGACACGGGAGAACAGCUGACAACUGCUUCUGUUGCAGUGCAAGAGGGGGAAAUAAAGAUAGUGUGUGGUUUAAAGAACUCAGAUGUCUUUGUGGGGGAGCAGGCCACCUUCUCCUGUCAGCUCUCUCGCAAGGGCAUUAAGGAGGCGCAGUGGUGGCUGGAUGGCUCUCCUCUGCAGAACAGUCCAUUCAACGAGAUUGCUGUCCACAACAGCACCACCCACACCCUUACCUUAAAGAACCUGGCUGCUGAAGACUCAGGCACAGUGACGUUCCGAUAUGGGAGCCUAAUUUCUUCAGCCAAAUUAUUAGUCAAAGAUCCGACCAUAGAGGUGGUCAGUCCAAUGGAGGACAUGAUUGUAGAGGAAGACAAGCCAGCCGAGUUUAUCUGCCAGUACUCCAGACCUGUGCAGGCUGUGUGGAAGAAGAACGGCAGGCAGAUCGAACCUGAUGGCCGGAGGAUUGUUGUGGAACAGGACUGGAACGUCGCCAAAUUGAAAAUAAACUAUGUCACCCGAGAAGACAGUGGGACGUACACUUGUGAAGCUGAGGGAACCAGGGUAGUGGCUCUUCUUGAUGUACAAGCUAAGCCGAUAGAUAUUAUCCAGGGCCUAGAGAACGUGGAAACCGUGGAGGGUGGCGAAGCCCUUUUUGAGUGCUACCUGUCCAGGACAGAGCUACACGCAUACAGGUGGCUGAUUGACGAUCAGCCUGUGAAGGAGUCUGAGAACGCAGAAAUGGUGGUCUUUGAGAGUGGCCGUAGACAUCUCCUGCUCCUCAAAAACCUGAAACCAGAGGACAGCGGCAGGGUCACCUUCUUGGCUGGAAACGUUGUCUCUUCGGCAUUGCUGGCAGUGAGAGGAUGGAAACUGAAUGUGGUGAGGCCCUUGGAGGAUUCUGAAGUUGCUGUGGGUGGCCAGGCAGAGUUCAGCUGUGUCCUGAGUGAGUUUGUACCUGUGGCUGAGGUGAGCUGGUACAUGAACGACUCUGAGAUCCACCCUGAUGACACCUGGGCAAUUCAAGCAGAUGGGAACUCUUACAGGCUCAUCCUUAAAGUGGCCCGGCCACAGCUCACUGGGGAGGUGACGUUUGCUGCCAGGGAUGCCAUCUCCUCUGCCAAACUGACAGUGAUCGCUCUACCAGACCCCCCUGAAGACCCGGAGCUAGUGAGUAAGAACAGCCAAUCGGUGACGCUGUCCUGGUUCACACCACUUAAUGACGGCGGCGGGGCCAUUCUCGGCUACAACGUGGAGAUGCGAUUGGCAGACAGUGUCCUCUGGUUGCCAUGCAACACCGAGCCCAUUAGGAACACAGAGUUUGUGAUGGACAACCUCAUCCCCGGCACAGGGUACCGAUUUCGAGUGUCGGCCGUAAACAGGGCCGGCAUCGGGGAGCCUGUCCAUUUACCUCAAACUGUACAGCUAGAAGCCCCAGUUGCCGUGAUAAAGCCUUUGUCCAGCCCCGUCGUGAAGGUGGGGGAGCCCACAUGCUUGGAGUGUGAGCUGUCGGUUGAUAACAGCGUUGUUACUUGGCUGAAGGACAACAAGAGCAUCCAGCCUGGGAAGAAGUACCAGGUGGUCUCAGAUGGAAAGAGACAAGCUCUGAUCAUCCAGGACUUCAGGGCUGCUGACGAGGCAGUUUACACCUGUGUCACCUCAUCUGGGGCAGAAACCUCUGUGAGCCUGGACCUUGGAGCCAAGGUAAACCAAGAUGGAAUGGAGAUAUCAGUCACCACUGAUGUAGAAGGAUUGUUAACCCAACCCAGCUUGCCUCCCGAAGCUGCCCAAGAGGGGGACCUGCAUCUACUGUGGGAGGCCCUGGCCAAAAAACGCAGAAUGAGCAGAGAGCCCACUUUGGAUUCCAUCUCAGAGGUGCCUGAAGGAGACGACAAGGUCUCCAAGCAGAAGGGGAAAUCAGAAGAGCCUCCCAGACCAAGCGACAUAGAACAGUUCUUCACAAGCUCAGAUGAUGACUCAAGGGCAGGUACACCUUCCUUAGUCUCUUACCUCAAGAAAGCAGGCCAGUCUACAGUGACUGUAGAAGGUGGUCAAGCACAGACUAUUGCUACCAAACAGUUUUGGAAACUCUGGGAGCCCUCUGGUGUAGAACCUGAAGCUCCUAUUACCCAACAAGCCGUUGCUGAAGAACCGGCAAUCGAAAUGAGUAAAGAGGAGGAAUCUGAAAUGACUGAGGCAGCUAUCAAGAUUCAGGCUGCCUUCAAGGGCUUCAAAGCCAGGAAGGAACUUAAGCAACAUGGAGCCCCUGUUUUUGGAGAGGUCUUCAAGGACCAGACCUGUGAGCCCAACGGGACUAUUCAUCUAGAAUGUGUGUCGCUCAGCAAGUCAGACAUCCAGGUCUGUUGGUUGAAAGAUGGGGAGAAACUGACUGAUGGACGCCACCACCACAUUGACAUCUACAACGAUGGGACAUGCUCCUUGAUUAUUACAGCCCUGACCCCUAAAGAUACCGGAGUAUACACUUGUGAGUUGUCCAACAAGCUUGGUAGAGGAGUCCACAGUGCCAAGGUGACAGUGGGUAGUCACCGGGACGUGCCCAGCAGGGGGCCCAAGCAGCUUCAAUAUGGGUACAGUGCAGACAGUGAGCCUGAGAGCUCCUCAGGAAGCGAGAUAGAUGACGGCAUAAGGAAAGCUGGAAAAAGGCUGAGGCGGCUCUUGAGGACCAGGCUAUCCCAGGAUAUGCCAGAUGUGGAGGAAGAAACAUUUGUUAGUGCCGAUGAAGGAGAGCUAGAGUCUGCGGACAAGCACACCUACCGGGAAGAUGACAAGUACAUAUAUAUCAAGUUUGACACCCUUCCUGAGGCUCAGGCCGCCUGCAGACGCUUCCAGGAGAUGUUUACCGCCCAGGGUGUCCCCAUAGAAACUGAAAUCCUGGAGGAAGGCCUGCGCAAAGUGGAGCUUUGUAUUAUGAAGAUGCCACCCCCAUUGACCGAUCAAGGGGAGCUGACCCCCACACAGGAGAAAGUCCAGCCUGUUUACUCUCCUGCUGGUUCUGCUCCCCCCGUCUUCCUAACCGAGCUGCAAAGCCAGGAUGUCCAGGACGGUUAUCCGGUCAGCUUUGACUGCGUGGUCAGUGGGAAGCCUCCCCCCUCCAUCCGCUGGUUCAAAGAUGGCAAGCUGAUUGAAGAGAACGACCACUACAUGAUCAAUGAGGACCAGGAGGGCUGCCACCAGCUCAUCAUCACUGCCGUCUACCCCACUGACAUGGGGGUGUACCGCUGCAUGGCUGAGAACUACAGUGGCAUUGCCUCCACCAAAGCUGAGCUCAGAGUCGAUGUUUCCUGCAGCUCUGACUAUGACACUGCGGCUGAUGCAACUGAGACUUCAUCAUAUGUCAGUGCAAAAGGCUAUCUCUCAAGAGAGCAGGAGGGAGUGGAGUCUAUGGCUGAAGAGGAGCAGCUUCCCCAGGUUUUGGAAGAGCUUCAUGAUGUUCUUGUGAGCCCCGGAGCUCCCAUCGCUAAAAUGCACGUCCAAGUGAAAGGUUACCCUUCACCCCGCGUGUACUGGUUCAAAGAUGGGCAGCCCCUACGGCCCUCGGACAGGAUGCUCAUGUGUGAGGAGAAGGGGCUGCACUCCCUGGAGAUCCUGGAAGUCUCCAAGGAGGACGCUGGAGAGUAUUCCAGCUACAUCAGCAACUCAGCUGGAUCGGCAUACUCCUCCGCCAGGCUGGUUGUGAAGAGUCCUGGAGAGCGGGGUGCUGAAGUAGGCAAACCAGAAGCAGGCAAAGCAAAGGGUGCUAAGCAGAUGCUGGUUCCUCCACGCUUCCUGGAGAGAUUCUCCAACAGGAGGGUAAAGAAAGGCUCCAGUAUCACCCUGUCUGUGAAAGUGGAAGGCUCUCCAGUGCCCACGAUCACCUGGCUGAAGGAGGAGUCUGCGGAGGAUGUGCUGUGGAUCAAGCCAACGACGCCUGGGUAUAAAGUGGCCAGCUCCAACAUGCAGCACAGCCUGAUCCUGCUCGACGUGGACCCAGAACACAGCGGCACCUACACCUGCAUCGCCACCAACAUGGCAGGCCAGUCGAUCUGCACAGCACACCUCGACGUGGUGGAGGUGACAGAAGUGGACCAUGUAGAAAAAGACAAGACCACAAAGGAAACCCACACGUUUACCCAUGAGAUUGAAGAAGAAACAUUAAGAGAAGUAAGAGAGCAAGUCAAAGGAGUCCUGGGCAUCUCUGUGCACCCCCCUGAGCCUGGUCACAUCUUUGAUGGGCUAGGAGGAUCUAAAAAGGGUCUGCCGAUGGAAGGAGAGGUAAGCAAGGCCUCUUCACGGUACCUUGGAGAGGUCGGCACAGAGGAGUUCCUGCAGAAACUGACUUCUCAGAUCACAGAGAUGGUCUCUGCCAGGAUCACACAAGCAUCUUUGCGGGUCCCUGGGAUGGACAGUGAUGACGAGUCAAAGACUCCCUCCCCUUCACCCCACCACGGACGAUCCAGACCUUCCUCUGUCAUCAUAGAUUCUUCUUCUGAGUCGGAUGAAGGGGAGGCCAGAGGAGAGAUGUUCGAUAUCUACGUGGCUACGGCAGACUACACUCCCGUUGGUGUUGAUAAAGAAACCAUCGCUCUGAAGGAAGGGCAGUACGUGGAGGUCCUUGAUUCAGCACACCCGCUCAAGUGGCUUGUCCGAACCAAGCCCACCAAAUCAACACCGUCCCGCCAGGGAUGGGUCUCGCCGGCUUACCUCGACAAAAAACUGAAGUUAUCUCCGGACACCCCUGCAGGAGAGGCCCCUGAGUUCCCUGGAGAGGAGGUGUCUGAAGAGGAGUACAAGAGAAAGCUCUGCCAUCUUAUCGAGGAGAUAGUAAACACUGAAGAGGAGUUUGUGAGGGAUCUGGACUUCUUUGUGUCCCAUCACCUGCAACACAUGGACACGAGCCCUGACAUCCCACCAGUCAUUGCCAGCCAAAAGGCAACCAUCUUCAGGAACAUUGAUGAGCUCAGUAUCUUCCAUAGCAGCACCCUCCUCCCUGGCCUGAGCCAGUGCGACACAGAUGAUGACAUUGCCAUGCGCUUCAUUAAAAACUUGGACGGCUUCGAGAAGUACAUCCAGUUCCUGGUGGGAAGAUCACAGGCUGAGUCGGUUGUGAAUAGCAGAGCAGUCCAAGACUUCUUCAAGAAAUACACUGAAACUGAACUCGCCAUCAAAGAUCCAUCUCAGCUCCCUGUCCUGCCAGUGACUGACUACCUGGAGAGACCUCUCAACAGGAUCCAGAAAUACAAGGCAGUGCUCAAGGAGAUGAUCCGCAACAAAGCCAGAAGUGGCCAGAACUGUGCCCUGCUGGAAGAGGCCUUUGCCAUUGUGUCCUCCCUGCCCCGCCGGUCUGAGAACACCCUCCAUGUCUCCCUGAUUGAAAACUACCCGGCCAAUCUGGAGGCCCUUGGGGAACCCAUCAGACAGGGACCGUUCACUGUGUGGGAAGGGGCACCUGGGACCAGAGCAUCCUCCCGUGGACACCACCGACACGUGUUCCUCUUCAAGAACUACGUCCUGAUCUGCAAACCAAAGCGAGACACCAACACAGAGACCCAGGCCUACAUCUUCAAGAACAUGAUGAAGCUCACAAACAUUGACUUGAAUGACAUGGUGGAAGGGGAUGACCGCGCAUUUGAGGUCUGGCAUGAGCGUGAGGACUCUGUGAGGAAGUACACCUUGCAAGCCCGCACCGUUAUCAUCAAGAACUCAUGGGUGAAGGACAUCUGUGACCUUCAGCAGCGCUACAGCCUGCCUGCCUGGAGUUCCCCAGAUUUCGAGGAGGUGCUGGCUAACUGUACAGCUGAGCUGGGAGAAACUGUCAAACUAGCAUGUAAGGUCACAGGGACUCCCAAGCCAGUCAUCACAUGGUACAAAGAUGGUAGAGCAGUGGAAGUGGACCCCCAUCACAUCAUCAUUGAGGAUCCUGACGGUUCCUGCACCCUGAUCCUUGACAAUCUCACGGCUGAUGACUCGGGUCAGUACAUGUGCUUCGCUGCCAGCACUGCUGGGAACGCCAGCACCCUGGGCAAGAUCCUUGUAAAAAUGCCUCCAAGGUUUGUUAACAAGCUGAGGAACACCCCACUCAUUGAGGGAGAGGAUGCCCAGUUCACCUGCACAAUUCAAGGAGCUCCAAGCCCAGAGAACAGAUGGUACAAAGAUGGCAACCUGCUGACAGACAAGAGCAAAUACCAGACAUUCAGCGAGGCUCGCAGUGGAGUCCUGGUCCUGGUCAUCAAGGACCCUGGAGAGGAAGACCUUGGACGAUACGAGUGCAAGCUCAAGAACAGGCUGGGAUCUGCGAACUGCACUGCUGAGCUGUACCUGCAGUCUCCAGCACUGCCGACUCCAGAAAGGAGAGGGGAGCAAGCCAUCACCAUAGAAGGUCAAAGACUUGAACAUGUGGGAACUGUUCCGAUGAAGAAGUGGUACGAAAUAGAGUUCAGCCCAACUACUUUUCAUAAAAGGAGCUUCAAAACUGAAGGCAUAUUUACUCCGAUACAGACUGAGUCCAGCACACAGGGACCCCUCACAGGAGACAGGGCGGACAUAAUCUGGGAGACACAGAGUCAGGUUUACAUUGAAAACACUACAAAAUCCUGUGCCUAUGUAACUCAGCAUCAGAAAACAGCCCCACCCUGCAUACACGUGACUAUAGAAGACUUAAAAGUGCAGAGUGGAGAAGAGGCCAAGUUUGAAGCAGUUAUUGAAGGAAACCCAACACCAGAAAUUACAUGGUAUAAGGGUGGUGUCUUGCUGUCAGCAAGUGACCGGGUCUAUCUGUCUCAGAAGGAUGCCGAGUGUUCCCUCACUCUGCGGACUGUUAGCAGUCAGGACAGAGGCAUCUAUACCUGUGUGGCCAAGAACAUCUCUGGAGAGGUGUCCUGUAAAGCAGAGCUCAGUGUAUAUGAAGCAGGAUCAGAAGAGAAGCGAAGUGAAUCCUCCACAGAACCGAUUAAGAGACGGAAACUACAUUCCUUCUAUGAAGUCAAAGAGGAGAUUGGGAGGGGUUCCUUCGGUUUUGUGAAGCGGGUGAUUCACAAAGGCAACAGAGUGGCCUGCGCCGCCAAGUUCAUCCCUCUCAGGACCAGCACUCGUGCACAGGCCUACCAGGAACGAGACAUCCUGUCCAGAGUCAGCCAUCCCAGGAUCGCCUGUCUGCUGGAUGUCUUUGAGACCAGGCGCACCCUUGUGUUGAUCCUGGACAUAUGUUCCAAUCAGGAGCUCCUGGACCAUCUGCUGACAAAAGGAUCCGUCACAGAAAAUGAGGUUAAGGUGUUUAUUCAUCAGGUUUUAGAAGGCAUUGAGUACCUUCAUAACAAGAACAUCCUCCACCUGGAUAUCAAGCCUACCAAUAUCCUCAUGGUGCCGCCAGAGAGAGAAGAAAUUAGAAUCUGUGAUUUCGGUCUCGCCCAACAACUUGACCUCACAAAACCACAGUACAGCACAUCCGGCUCUCCUGAGUUUGUGGCACCUGAAAUUGUGUGCCAAUCGCCGGUAUCCAAGGCAACUGACAUCUGGUCCAUUGGAGUCCUAGCUUACUUAUGCUUGACAUGCACCUGUCCGUUCUCUGGAGAAAAUGACCGUGCCACGCUAAUGAGCGUUCGAGAAGGAAGGGUCUCCUGGGACAAACCUGACAUCACAUCAAGGAGCUCCGAAGCUCAAGAUUUUAUAAAAAGAGUCUUACAAGUGCCCCCUGAGAAACGGCCAUCUGCCUCGGAUUGUCUUGGGCAUCAGUGGUUUCAGGGCAACCAGAAAGAUCUCGAAUCUGAAGCUAUUAAUAUGAAAAGGCUGAAAUUCUUUGUGUCAAGGAGCAAAUGGCAGCGCUCUCUCAUGUGCUACAAGUCUGUCUUGGUGAUGAGGUCCAUUGCAGAUCUUCUUGAUGGGGUGUCGGAGGACACCUCUCUUGCAGUCCCACGGCACCAGCUGGAAGAGAACAGCUCCUCCAGUGCCUCCUCUUCUGAUUAUGAAGACACCACCAGUAGAGAGAAAGAUCCACCAGUAACUCCUGAACUUCAGUUGCCUGUGUCUGGCAGGCAGUUCUCUGAAGAACAUUUGAAAAAGGAAGAAGAGGCCUCCAAAGAUCACAUGCCAGCAACUGAGCUUGAGACUCUUGCACCUUCAAGGACCAGCUUCUCUGAUGGGUUAAACAGUGAUAACCAACAGGGAUCAACAGCCCUGGGUGACACACCACAGAAGGAUGUUUUGUCAGAGCACAGUGAGGUUCAUUAUGACCUUAAGCGCCCUGUAUGUAAAGCAGCCAUUGUAGAAGUGGCAGAACCCUCUGUGAGGCUGAAAGAACCAUCCAGUGAUUUGAGGCAAGGCUCCUCAGAGGACAGUGCUUUGUGCUUGCAAAUCUCAGAAGUAGGAGGAGGCAGCAAAGAGACUUCCACGAGGGUACCCAGACACCGCCUCAUCAAAAGCAUGUUCUCCAUCACCACGUCGGAAUGUUCCCCUGCAUCUGCCAGGCACAUAUUACUGCAAGAUGAAGAAUAUGUCAAGAAUCAAGACAGAACGAGAAAGCACUUGAUGAGGACAGACUACAAAAGUAAAUCUCUUAGUGGGCUUAGAGAACCCCUUCUUGAACAUAUUGAUGCAGACCAAAACAGGCAGAUGGCCAUGGGCAUCAGCAAUGGAAGACACCUGCUGCAUACCCCAGUGGCUAUGGCUAAAUCCAACUCUUUUGAUACCGGAGACAGAGUCUCCCAUUACACUGUGGCUAGAUCCAGGAGAAGCAGGUCCUUAGGUGAAUACACAGGAAGGGCCUCUACACAAUUGGAACCAAGAGAAACUAGAGAAGUUGUAGAAACCUGUGAAAUGUCAAGUACGACACAAACAUUGUUUGAUGAAAAUAAGGCUGUAUCCUCUGAUGUGGAUCCUGGAAAACUUCACGAGCCUGUAGAAAAGGCUGCAGAAAAAGCAAGCCAAAUCUGGAAUACAGAAUCAAGUGAAGUAUCAGAAAUUGACAGUAUACAACAUUCUGCUUUAACAAACAGUGACAUCACUGGUGACGAUAAGCCUGUGUCCUCAGCUGACAACGUAACCCCUGGAUCUUCUUUGCUGCAGUGUAUAGUAAGUGAUAUGGUUUGUCUGUCAGAAGAAAUUGACAUUUUAACAGAAUCCGGACCUGUUCCAGACCUGAAUGUAAAGUUAUCACCUCCAGAUGAACAGGCGGUUUCUAGAGAUGCACAAUCUGAGUCUGAGGCACUGUCAAUAAUAGGGCCUGUUUUCGUUGAAUCAACUACACCAAAGUCUGUAAUGCAAGAAGUCUCUGAUUUACUGAACACCCAGUACGGAUUCUCACAAUUUAAGAGACCCAAGAGUUUCCAUCUGUCACUUAAAGCUUUAGAAAUGGAGGUGGAAAAUAGAAGCCACUUUCUGAAAGCAAGUUCAGAAGGAAGGAUCAAGAAAUCUAGUGCUACAGGAAUCUUCAGUCCAGUUGAUGAAUCUCCAAAGAAAGAGAAACACAGUUUUCAAUCUCAAGUAUCAACCUCUGGUUCUUUAGCUUCUCAGUAUUCCAAUAUAGAACCUUUUGAUUUUGAAGUUCCUUCAAAGCAUUCUACCAUAGAACCUAUGAUUUUUGUUACUGCUCCUGAGGAGACUGAUAGCUGUGUACAAGUAUCCCAAGAGCUUGUACCUGUACCUCUUGAAUCUAAAAAACAAUGCCCUGAAGAUGCACUGUUUGAUGAUUGCAUGUCAGCUUCAGGAUUGGCAUUGGAUGCUUCAGAAGCUGAAGAAAAUUCAGAAGUGGAGACAGAGCGUUUGAACCUUUUUGAAGACAUCAGUAAUGAUGGUAUGUAUCCUCUUUUGGAUGCAGCCCGAUUUAGAAGGACAAGUAGUAUCCCAGAAGAAGACAUUUCUUUCCCAGUGGAAUCAACAUGUCCGACUGAUGUUAAUGUGAAGCAGGCACAGAGGAACCUACCAGAUCCAACUCAUCAAUCCUCCUCCACCCUUAAAUCAAAGCCUCAGUCUACUAAACCAGUAAGACACGGCCUGUUCCAAUUGUUCAGAAAGAGUAAAACAACAGAACAGCCUUCCAAGUCGACAGGGAACGUUUCUCCAAAACAGACUGAAGAGGAGAAAAAUACAGAAAGUGGCUUGCCCUUAUCUUUGCAUCAACAGCAACAGAAAGCCUCAGAUUUGUCUAUAACGAAAAAGGUCAAGGCUUCUGUCUCUAGUAUUUCGAGGGCAGUCUGGGGAAAGCAAGCAUGUGAAAAGGACAGGAGGGAAGAACCAGAUCAGAGUCUAGAGCAGCAGGACAAGCUCUACGCGGGUGCUUCAUGUUCCUUGAAGAGAAGGUCUGGAUUAUUCUCUUUUAAACUGCCUGCCUUCAAGAAGAAUAAAGCGCCGUCAUUUGUCGAGGAACUCCUGGACCAGGUGGUUUCUCUUGGUCAGUCAGUAACAAUGUCCUGCAGAGUUACUGGCCACCCACCCCCUGAAAUCCGCUGGUAUAAAGAAGGCUGUCAGUUCCUGAGCAGCAGUCGCAUCUUGUUGUCUGCGAUACCCAAAGAAUGCCACACACUGACUAUCCUAUCUGCGGAGGAGGAGGACCUGGGCAGUUAUAGAUGUGUUGCCACCAAUCCAGGAGGUGAAGCCUCCACCUCUUGCACACUCAUUGUGUCUGAGCUCCCCACCUGCCUUGCUGUUCCUGAAGUCACCCAAGUGGACGGUGAUGGGGCUCUGCUGGUCUGGAAGCCUUUAGAGUCCAGUGAGCCUGUCACCUACAGCAUCCAGUACAGCACAGAAGGAGGUGAAUGGAGGACACUGGCUGAGGGGGUAGCAGACAGUUGCUACACUGCCAGCAAGCUCUCAGUAGGAGCAGUGUACUCGUUCAGGGUAGGCUGUGUGAACAAGGCUGGGAUGGGACCCUACAGUGAACAAUCAGCAGAAACAACAAUCGGAGAGGAACAUGAAGAAUGGCACAUUCCCCUUAUCCGCACCAUUCCCCCAAGGGCUGAGGAUGAAGACAGCAAACCAGAGUCUCGAUUCCCCCUCUUUCCCAUGCACGAAACCUACACUUUUCUGUCUGAGAUAAAUAGAGGUCGAUUCAGCAUUAUAAAACAAUGCAGGGGUGACUUGACUCAAAAGCUUUUUGCUGCGAAAGUCACGCCCUAUAAAGCAGAUAAGAGGCACCUGGUGUUGAGAGAGUAUCAAAUACUAAAGAGGCUGCGGCACACCCAUGUGGUCCAGCUGCAAGCAGCCUUCAUCACCCUCAAAUACCUGGUCCUCAUUGAGGAGCUGUGUGCAGGACAGGAACUGCUGCACAACCUAGCAGAAAGGGACUCGUACUCCGAGCUGGAGGUGAGAGAGUUUCUCCUGCAGAUUCUCAGUGCUGUCCAGUAUCUCCACUCAAACCACAUCCUCCACCUCGAUUUGAAGUCUGACAACAUGGUUGUCACUGAGAAUAACGUGCUGAAGAUUGUGGAUUUCGGCUGUGCGCAGGCGUACACUGCGGGAAAGCCUCUGAUAGCAGAGAAGAUUAAAGAACAGUCUGAAAACAGAGCUCCAGAAAUCCUGGAAGGGAAAGGAGUUGGACCAGAAACAGACAUUUGGAGCAUUGGUGUUUUGACUUUUGUCAUGCUGAGUGGAGACUGGCCCUUCGCUUCAGACGUAGACUGUAAAAAAGAGAAGAACAUAAAGAGAGGAAAGAUCAAAUUUGGGAGAUGCUACCCGGGCGUGUCUGAGGGAGCCAUGAAUUUUGUGAAGUGCAGCCUGAACAAUAAACCCUGGGGAAGGCCUUCUGCGUCAGACUGCGUUGUGUUGCCAUGGCUAUGUGGAGAUCAAGCCUCUAAACAGCGGCACUCUGUUGUCUCCUUCCCAACUGCAAAGCUCCAUGGCUACCUGAGGGAGCGAGAGAAGAGACGGGCGCACCAUUGCACUAAACUGGAGCUACCAAUCCAGGGACACUUCAGCAUGGGAAAUGGCCAAUCAAUAACUCUCCUGGAUGGUCUGAUGUAAAACUGAGAAACCGAGUGUCUCUCUCGUUUAAAGAUAUACCUCAUAGCCUUAAUAACCGUUUUCCUACCUUUCAUUUACAAACAUUAUAUUUCUCUCCUUGUGCGUAGUGGAGUGAAUAACAUCACCACGUGUUAAAGAGUUCCAUAGACGGCCGUUUAUCUUUUGGAAUCCUUACAUCAGUGCCAAGGCUGGUGUUUUCUAACUGUGGAACCAUGCUAAUUGAGAUUUCAAAUACAAGAUUGUUUUCUGAUGUGACCUCAAUAAUAAAGACUGGGUGUUAAAUUUAACUACUGCAUGAUGUAUUACUGUCGCUGUGACAGAGGACUUUUCUGUAAAGAUAAUCAAAAUGCAAUAAAAUCAUUGCUUGAGACCAAAGAAAAUGUCAGGAAAUACAUUUAUCCUGCUCUGGCUGAAAAAUACCAAGUUAAAUAAAAAAUUCAUCACACAGUGACCUACACCUAAAGUAUGCAAAACAUCACACACACACACAUGUAUACUGGGCAGCGGCUUUACUAUUUCACUGUCACAUUCCCUGUAGUGGGUAAUAAAUGUAAUUAACACAAUUGAGACAAACUGACACUGUUAAUAUCUGGAGUGUCUCACAUUAACUUUAUUAAGAAUUGAACAGUGCUAUAAAAAUCCAAGUUAAACCAAUUAACACAUAACAAUAAUACAGUACGUAACCAUGUUUGCCAAAGGAGAGUAUCCAGCUGAGAAAGAAGCAUUAAAUAAAAUUACUUGUCUGCCAUUUUAAAUGUUGUGGAUGUUGGGUGUACCUUCCAUUGUUGCCAUGGUUGCUCUGACUACUACGUCACGAAACAAUGAAUCAAGCUGUGCUGCUGACCGCAUCAAUCCUGGAUUAACAGGUGAAUCCUAGAUCCAUUCUUGGUAGAUCUGCAAAGAAAAGUUUUUCUUCCUACAAUUAACUUACCCUAGCCUUUACUAUAAGCAGGUUACACUAUACUACUCUUAGAAUGCCUAUUACAGAUAAGGUAGAUUAGGCUGUUCCCAUACUUUUAUUUUUUCUAUACUACUCAUUUGAAUAAUAUGGUGUGCCGUCCACAUUAUUAAAAAGACUAACCUUUUAACUCUACAUGAUUUUGGUUUUGUAAAGCAAAUAAAAUAAUAAAAGCGUAUACAGUCUGAA